CACUGGGGGAAGGGAAAAUAGCUGGUCUGACCACCAGUCCACCAGAGAAACGUAGAAACAAACACUAAAAAAAAGUCCCACUGUGAGGAAAUCCACUGUCCUGUGCUCGGUUUUCUUUUUCGUGUCUUAAUCACCUGCAUUUUCUUUUUCGUUUUCUGGUUUCCUAUUUUUCUCUCGCUCAAAACGUUGCAGUUAUUGUUGAAAGUCUAUAUGGAACAGAGCUCCUAAGUUUCCUGUCCUUGUGUGUCGUCGUAUACAUCACGUCGCCAGGAGUAACAAAGGAAUUAAUCGCAGCUCGGAUAUUUCCGAGUAUUCCUUGUUAUUUUAUUCUUCGAUUACGUUGUGCUCAUCCCAACACCAGUUGUAUUGAGACAAGAAGUUUCUAGUUAUAUUUUAAUAAACUUGCAAAAGAAUAUGGCUGCCCAGCCCAGCAGUAGUGCUGUCAGGGCUCUGGCCUUGGAGUACAAAACAAUCCAGGAAGAGCCUGUUGAAGGAUUCAGAAUUAAAUUGACAAAUGAUGAUGUGCUCUUUGAUUGGGAAGUGGCCAUUUUUGGCCCACCUGAAACUCUUUACCAAGGAGGAUAUUUCAAGGCUCAACUCAAAUUUCCACCUGAUUACCCUUAUUCACCACCUUCAAUGAGAUUUUUGACCAAAGUCUGGCAUCCAAAUGUGUAUGAGAACGGAGACUUGUGCAUUUCUAUCCUUCACCCCCCAGUGGAUGAUCCACAGAGUGGAGAAUUGCCUUGUGAAAGGUGGAAUCCUACCCAGAAUGUCAGAACAAUAUUACUCUCGGUAAUAUCUCUAUUUAACGAGCCCAACACAUCCAGCCCAGCGAAUGUGGAUGCAUCGGUUAUGUACCGCAGGUGGAAGGACUCGAAAGGCAAAGACGCCGAAUACGCCAAUAUCAUCAAGAAACAGGUUGCUGGUUCCCGGGCAGAGGCUGAAAAAGACAAUGUAGUGGUCCCGAUGACCAUAGAGGAUUACUGCAUCAAAUCAAAGCCUCCAGUGACGGAAUCAUUGGACAUGAAUGACUUCUACGAUGACUGCUAUGAUAUUGAUGAUGAAGAUUCCGACUAUGCCGAUCAAGAUGACGAGGCCGAUGGAGCGGAUGAUAGCGGAAAUGAAAACGCUUGAAGUGACUCUUAGCCCCACGGAUCUCUUAAUGCCACCACCUCCACUCCCUCUCGAUUUGGAAUCAACAUUCGUUCACCACUGUCCCACCCCACACUCCCAUUCUUCCACAACACAUCUUAAAUCACCUUCAUUGUCUUUUCUUGCUGACUUAAAGUGAUUAGUGUACGGAUCUAAAAGUUCUGUGGAAAUUUCUUAGUUUAAACACGAAACAGCCCACAUAAGGUUUCCUUUUUUUUGUUUUUUUUGGUUUUUUUGUGUUAUAGAUUUGCUCUGAGCGGAUGAGGCCCCAUCUCUCCCCCAAAAAAGAAAGACGACAAUAAUAAUGAAUUUCCCUCUUGGUUUCAGUCGAUCCCUUUAUACUGACCUCGACACGCAUUCGUGUUCGUCGUUCCGCCCGUAUAUAUAUUAGCAAAAUAAUCUUGGUGAGUAUCGAUGGAUUUUGGAGAGGCUGGUUUACAGUUUUAAAAAAGAAAGAAAAAAAAAACUUAUUUCCUCCCGUUUUUGAGCAAAGAAAAUUUUUGUGAGAAAAAAGACAAAAAGAAGAGAACAAAAUUAAAAAAAAAAAAUAAAAUAAAAAUAAUGAACCCAAUGGCUAUUCGAUAACGUCUCGUUUGAGGUCUUUUUUGUAUUUGUGCUGGUAUUCUUGUCCUUUAUUUACUCCCGUGGGUUUUCACUGAAAAUACAUGUCAUCUAGUGCGUUA